AUGAUUUUCUUCGCCACUCAAAGGUCACCUACAAGGAAAUAUUUUAUUUCAAUGCAAUAUGUGCGUAUAUAUUACGGACCCUGUGAUACAUUUUUCACAUUGUCACAUAAACCACAAAAACUGCGAGGCCUCAGAGAACACCUGCAAACGUUGGGAUUUCGUGUGGACUUGAUUCCAGUGGACUUCGUGAACUAUUGCAUGCUAGAAAUGUGCGGCCAUGAGGUAUUCAGAUGCAAUAUGAAAAAUCUCUGUUUCAACACGCCCUCAGAGCAGGAUCCCGUGUGCCGACGUGCAAUCAACGCAGUCGUCGAAUCAUCUGGAAAGUUCCUUCGAGCUCGCAGUUAUAUGUGGUUAUGGGCUCAUAUUGACGAAUCUGUAUUUAGAAGCGAGUUCGCGCCAAAAGACUAUUGGCCUUUUGCACUUGAUGACAAUUUGAAUGUGAAAUGAUUUUUUAAUGAAUAUACUAUAUUA